AUGACUUUCCUACUGAACACCAACCCCGAGACCCGAUCGGUCAAGCUGCUGGGAUCUUGGGACAAUUUCACGAGGCAAUAUGUGAUGGAAAGGGACAAGCGUGUGGGUCCUGGUCACUGGAAAGGAUGUCAUACCUUCACGGAUAUCAUGGGUGACGGCCCUGGAGGGUCGUCUGGUAACAAGUCGCAAUGGCGUACGGGUGGUCUGAAGAUGGGUGUCACGUACUGGUAUUAUUAUUUGCUGGAUGACGAUAUUGAAUCCAUCAAUGAAAAUGAGCCCGUCACAACCAAAUGCCCCCUACUACCAGGGCAGCCCGUCAAUGUACUGAAUGUCCCCAUCGUUUUACCCGAUAGCCGAUCCCAUGGCCGCUCAGGGAGCGGCAGCUCGCAAAAGGCCGACUAUCGCACUAUGAACCCCGAAGACAAAUUCAUGAAUCCACGAAAGCCACCCCAGCCAACCCAGAAUUCGACUCGCGUGCAAACUGCCACUGUACUGCGCAAUCAGCCCCCAGCUGUGCACUCCAAUAGCACCUCACCAAACCCGAGCAUGGUGCAGAGAAGCGCGUCGCAGCCGGGCAGCGCCGGCCGGUACCACUCGAAAGUCGCUCGCUCUGCCUCUCCACCACGAUCCCGGGGCCUUCUGGCUGCAUUCCGGCCCGCCAAUGAGUUCGACGGCCACAGACAACCAUCGCCUCUGCCAAGAUCCAAAACGGUAAACGAUGUUCUCCGACAGGAUGGAUCCCUUGGCGAACGCCGCAAGGUGCCUGAUAUCAGCGCCAACACUGGGGCGGUCCCUGUUUCAACGACUGUUUCCCAGCCCUCGACAAUCCAGAGCCGACGCGCGCAGAAGGCAAAGGGCGGCGAUGCUGUUCCGGCUCGAAACUUGCUGAAGGUGGAUACGCGCCCUCAACAGCGGAAGCCUAGCCUUCCGAGAGGCGCGGCUGCUGGUAAUAAUCUUGGAACGGUCGAUGAAACCCGUGCGCUCAAGGAUGCCCUUGAAUUUGUUGCGAGCAAUUCAAGCGAUCAGACGACCCCGACUGGAAAGGACGUCAAUGAAAAGAGACUGCCCACGCUUCCCAACACCCCUUCUUCUGUCAUGGACGAAGCCGUACGCGAAAUCGACGAUCACGACAGGGUCAUGGACGCGGAGGUACAACGCAGCCACUUCUCCAGCUUGACGACGACGACAGGAGCCGACUCCCUUCAUUCUCGGUUCAUGCCCGAGCGCAGCCGUUUCUCCGAAUGGAGCACCGACACCGAGACUGAGAAUGAGGAUAAUUCUCCCGAGUCCAUGAUCUCUACCUCGACAUUCAACAAUCAUGAAAUUAACGAGUCCCCGGCCGUGGACGACUGGAAAACACCAGAACUGUCCCAGCCCAACGACGCCAUGACCAACACCGACCCCAACACGCCUCAUCUCACUGUACACUCUAAGCCCUCCUCGCCGAACUCCGCCUCUGGGGAAAUCCCGCCAUGGAAGGCGUCUCUACCCGAAUUCGCGGUCUCCCUAGCGUCACCUGGUCUACAAGGCUCGGGCUUGGGAAUCGAUCAGAUGGAUGAGGUGGAGAGUAACCCGAAGCGCCACGCAGCCCUCUUUGGCGCCCUUGAAUCACUCGAAGCACUUUCUUUAUCGCGUCGAAGCCCGGAUGGCUCUCCAAUCAUUCUGCCGGAAAGGGAAAGCCAGAAACAUCGUGAGGCUCUGGAAAGGGUCCGUUCUCGAUCUCGGGAUGGCUCGUCCCAGGGCAAAAAGACCAUGCAAGAGCUCAUGGAUGAGCUGAGCUAUCUAAAGAACAUGAUCCAGUCUGAUAUGGACGGUGAGCCUUUUUAA